CGGAUCUGUCCAGCAUGCCAGCAAACAGAUCAGUGCUGACAAGCAGUACAAAGGGAUCAUGGAUUGUGUGGUGAGAAUCCCCAAGGAGCAGGGCUUUCUCUCCUUCUGGAGGGGCAACCUGGCCAACGUGAUCCGUUACUUCCCCACCCAAGCUCUCAACUUCGCCUUCAAGGACAAGUACAAGCAGAUCUUCCUGGGGGGCGUGGACCGCCAUAAGCAGUUCUGGCGCUACUUUGCUGGUAACCUGGCUUCCGGUGGGGCAGCUGGGGCCACUUCCCUCUGCUUUGUCUACCCGCUGGACUUUGCUAGGACCAGGCUGGCUGCUGACGUGGGCAAAGGUUUGGCCCAGCGUGAGUUCAGUGGUCUGGGCGACUGUCUUACCAAGAUCUUCAAGUCUGAUGGCCUGAAGGGUCUCUACCAGGGUUUCAGCGUCUCUGUCCAGGGCAUCAUCAUCUACAGGGCUGCCUACUUCGGAGUCUAUGAUACUGCCAAGGGGAUGCUGCCUGACCCCAAGAACGUGCACAUCUUCGUGAGCUGGAUGAUUGCACAGAGCGUCACAGCGGUCGCGGGUCUGGUGUCCUAUCCCUUUGACACCGUCCGUCGUAGGAUGAUGAUGCAGUCUGGCCGGAAAGGAGCCGAUAUUAUGUACUCCGGGACAGUCGACUGCUGGAGGAAGAUUGCAAAAGAUGAAGGAGCCAAAGCUUUCUUCAAGGGUGCCUGGUCCAACGUGUUGAGAGGCAUGGGGGGUGCCUUUGUAUUGGUAUUGUAUGAUGAGAUCAAAAAAUAUGUGUAAUCUAAUGAAAGCCCGCAUUCACGGGUUCCAGAUCCAUGUGUGUUCUAAAGACUUUUCCCACCCAGAAGUGAAAAGACAGAUCUGGGAUAAAACCAGACUGGAAAAUGAACACCUCAGAAAGAAAGAAAAAAAAAAGCUUCAUUGAGUGUUCAUUAAACCACAAUGCAUUUUGUAUUUAUUUUACAUUUAAAGUUCCACAGAAAAUAGAAAAUAACUUAUCAUACUUGUAAAAUUAACUGAAGAAAAAAACUGAAUAUCAAACAUCAAUAAAGACCACUUAAUGCA